AUGGAUAGUUAUUCCAAUCAGAGUCUCCAACUCCACAGACCAUUUUAUGCCCAUCUUACACAGACACACAAGGACAAUGGUGCAGGUGACUGGCACCGAUGGCUUGUUGCCGCCGCCACUCGCAAGGACAUGAUUAUAUUCUUUAGAGGAUUGCAAAAGUACGCCAAGACCCGCGACGCAAAAAUCACUGAUGUUGAACCAGUCCAUCUUGCGUGGUGGACUUUCAAAGCAAGAGAGGGCUAUGAUGUGAGGGAGCUUCUCUGUCAGAUCUACCGGCUGAAUCCAUCAUGGUAUGAUAACAUUGAGGAGCUAAAUGCUAGUCGUGGCAAAAUCACUGUCACCGUUCUGAAUGAUGCUGGCGGAAGGGACUGGCCAAUACUUCCUGCUCAAGACACUUCUCUUAGUGAUCUUUAG